UGCUCUUUCGUUGAAUAUAAGGAUUUUAAGCUGAUAUAUCGGCAGUACGCAGCUCUCUUCAUUGUGGUUGGAGUGAAUGACACCGAGAAUGAGAUGGCAAUUUAUGAAUUCAUCCAUAACUUUGUGGAAGUUUUAGACGAGUACUUCAGCCGAGUGAGCAGCAACUCCCCCUGCUUCCAGAUGUGUGGCCAGAGCAGCCCUAACUCUGCUAAGUGCAUUCUGUCCCGAUGUCUCAUUCUCAUGCAUGCACUCUUUUCUCUUCCAGAGUGA